AUGCUGGUUCAUGGUUCAUUAGGCAUCCCAGCUACAUCCAACAGUAGCCAGUUAGAUAGUCUCAAUCAAUCCAAUCAAUAUAAACAAUCUUCCACUUCUGACCUCCUGGACUGCCAAAGCCCACGUCAGACUGAGCCAGACCUGCUCUACCUCAAUAUCCUAAACGACGCCGUGAAAGAAACUACAGAAUCAAGUCGACAUCACACCACUUCCAAUACCUCCUACCGUUCAAGGCCGGAAGACAGUUUUACCCCUCGGAACUGUCUAUGGACCAAGCUACCCCAAUUGGACGACAUUGAUAAUGAAUAUCUUGUCAAGAAGGGUGUCUUUGAUCUACCUCUUCCGCACCACUUAGAUACCCUCAUUAAGACAUACUUUGACCACGUCUACCCUUUUGCUCCCAUGAUCAACAGAGCUGAUUUCAUUCGCGGCUAUCAAUCCGGCGACUGCUCUUUGUUCCUGCUCCGCGUCAUAUUGACACCAGCCAGUCUCCAUGCGCCAGCAGAUGUACUAUCCGCCUGCGGCUUUGCCAGCCGCUCGGCCGCGCAAGAGUCGUUCUUCUCCAAGGCCAAGCUGCUCCACGACUUUGCCGCCGAAGAUGACCCGUUGUUGAUGCUGCAGGGAUCCAUCAUUUUGUGCAUGGUGAUUCUCGACCACCCCACCGACCGGGACUUUUGCUACUGGUUCCACAACGCGAUCCGUCUUGCCACCAAGCUUGACCUACGCAACACGUGCGUUUCCUACUCCUGGACUGUGACACCUGUGUCAUGUAUUGCAAGUACUAACUGCCUAUGGACUCUCCGACAGGUGUGUUCGAGAAGACAAACCCCGCAAAAUCUUAAAGUUGUACAGAAGGAUCUGGUGGGCGCUCUACACAUUUUCCACGUCUUUGCCAAUACUAGACGCUCACGACUACUCGAAAACACCUCCGCGAUCAAGCCUAGGACAGAAGAUGACUGGGAAGCGGAGGAUGUCUCGGGAGCAUCAUUCGGCUUGCUAUCGGCAGUCACGCCUCAGCAAAAGGCCUUGCCUGUUGUCCACUGCGAGUUGUCUCGAAUAUUCGGACAGUGUUUGUCCAUUGUGACAAACAAGCCACAGCAGGAUCCUCGCCAAAUGAUGCACCCACUCGAUGCAUGGCGCAAGUCUCUCGCUGCCAAGAUGCACGUGGGUGGGAACACUGGAACUGACGUGUACUAUCUGAAUAUACAAGCCAUGAGCUACAGGUUUGAGUGCAUCUUGUGUCGUCUGAUACGACGCUAUUGGCAGCAGUCGCAACAUGCGGACUGGAGAGAGUGGGCCAAACAGCGGCUUCGGUCCGCUAUUCUGGAGUUGGACACGAUUGCCAUGAGGGUGUUGGCGAGUGGUACCCUUCAGGACUUUCCCGUGACGUUCGUAACCACAAUAACUGCGCUGCUCGCUUUACAUAUCGAAUCGGCCCUCGAUCCAGCCGAGACAGACCUCGUCCGUUCCAUGGCUCGGAUAUCCAUCAGCCAGACAAUGCUUGUUCUCACCCAGGGAAAAGAAAUACCCGCCCUAAAAAGAGCGCUACCGGUAUUUGAGGAGAUUCUUGCUCAGAAAAAUCUAUACUUGGUUUCGCCCAACAUUCUCGGUCAAGCACCUGCACAGUCGCAGUCACAAGACAACAGCAUGGCGGAUGCGUACGCUUCGCCGCACACACAGGUUAGCGUAGUUUCGUCUCAAUUGGAGCAGUGGGAGAAUAAUCCGUCGUUCGGUGUGGAUUUCCUAGGAUUUGAUUUCUUAGACGAGUGGCAGAUUGAGCAACUGGAUUUGACUGGUCAAUAUUGA